AUGGACCAGGAGCCGCCCAAGGGCAGCGCCGCUGGGGGUGGUGCCCAAGGCGAUCCAAGGCUGAGAACGGCCCCUGCAGCAAAUGUUGAAUCGGGCCAAACGUCCCCGAAUGACGCUGAUCUCAGUCAAUCCGUUUGGGAAACGGCCAGCGUCAGCAGCAGCUGCGAAUCAGAUGCGAACGACAGCGACAACGAGGGCGACAACAAAAGUCAUGGAUCCACGCAAAGACCAUGUACCGCUGCAACUGCCGAGGAGCCGACGCCGUCUCUACCGGCCGCCUCCGCGCCAAGCGUGCAGGUCGAAGCCACGGCCGCCUCCGCGCCAAGCGUGCAGGUUACAGCCGCCUCCACACCCGCGCCAAUUGCGGCCUCGGACCCGCUGGUAUCCACCACUGCCACGUCCUCCGACACGAACGAACCGAGACGGCCCGACGAGAUCAGACAUGGCGAUGGUAGUGACAGUAGCAACACUGCCGAUCUGAGCAACGUCGCCUCGCCGCAGCAACGCACAGUUGUAGACGUUGAUGCCCACGUUUCCCAUCGGCCAGCCACUCACUCCAACAACCCCGCGGAUUCGGGACAAACCCAGCAACCUGGCGCGACUGCUGCUGCACCCCCAUCCUUUGAAGCGUCUACGACACAGUCUCCACAGCCCAAAGAACUUGAUAUUUUUCUGGCUUCCUUGCAUACUCGCAACGGCCACAAGGUCUUUCAUCGUGACAGCGACCGCCCGACGUUUGUCAGUGAAGUACAAACCCAAGUGAUUCAAUACAAAGGGCAAGGCUUCGAGCUGAAGGACGGAGACGAAAUUCUUUCUAUCAAUGGCUCUGUUGUCAAUCUUGACAAUGUCAAAAAGCUCAUCGAAGAUCACAAAAAAUCAUCGAAACAAGGUGACGUUCAUCUCCGUGUGCGUCGAGGUGGUCCAACCCCAGAUCGCGCCGCCCAGCGGGCCACAAAUUCUUUCCCCACAGCGAUGACUUCGACUUCCCUUGAGCAUUGCGAGAUGGCCGUGUAUCUGGCAGUUGAGCAACAGCUGGACGCCGAUCGGUGUUUUGUUUUGACUGGUGAUGCCAGGGACCUUGGAGCAAAAGACGUUGAGCAUGGCAUUUUGUUUCAACCGACGGCUGUGUCAGGCGUACUGUGUGCUUGUGUGACGAUGGAACUGGCAUCUAGCUUCCUCACGAGUUGGCAAAAGCUAAAUCUUGAGAUUCACCUUUGCAAGCCCAAGAGCACCGCAGGCCAGAUAUUUUCCUCGUUUAAGCGCUUCUUCUCAAGCAAAAAAAGUGCGGAUUCCGAGCCAAGCCAUGCAGAACUGCUCGAGAACUUGACCACGGAUCGGGUGGUAACUCGGCAAGCCGUUCGACCGCUGAGCGAUCGACACGUCUCUGUGUUUGUGUCAAGCCAUUCGUCUGUCUCAUUCCAGAACAAGAUUGCCUUCUUGAAGCUUCAACAGCGGUCCCUUGAAGAGUGGCACAUCGACGCCAAACCAGCCCCCACAACUGCUUUGAGGGAGCAAGCCGAGUUUGUCGACGCCUUUGCCUAUGCCUUCUACAAUACCCGUGAACGUUGCGAAUGCAUGCUUGCACUUGUUCGACAAGCUGAAGACAAUCUCCCUCAGCGUGUGGCACUUCUGCCUCUCUUCCAUGCGUUUUUGGCUGCAGGCAAGAUCUAUUUGGAUGGUGUAGACAAAUACUUUCUGCAGCGCGCCUAUCGCGAGGCGCCACCGUUCGUGCAGCGAAUCGCUUCUCAACUAGAGCCAGCAGUGGCGGAUCGCAUGGAAAAGGUGCUCAGCGAGCUGGUUAAAGGGUCGCUCAGGCGGGUGGAUCCUGUCUUCCAGUUUCUCUUGCGUGCAAGCCUGGGCGUUCCUGAGGUGAACUCAGUUGGGCGCAAACCGCCAGCUUCAGUCCCGAUUGUCACCGAUGAAGACGCCCGAGUGCUCAUUACAGCCUGUCGAGACGACCAAGUGCUGCUACAAGACCACGCCGCCACGCUCGUGUCUGAAAUUUUGCGUUGUCCUUCUGUCAGCAGUACCACUUUGAUUCUAUUGUAUGAAACACUUGAGGAACAAAUGGCGUGGCAUGCUGCUGGCACAAAGUCGCGCGACCGACUCCUUGCCGCGUUUCAAACUGGGCUCACAAAGCUGACCCCGCCCAACAUCCGUGCUUUGCUCAGCCGACCGAUAGAGCCUGGCUUGUCCUCCCUUGUUCAGCAAUUUCUUUCGGAUCAGUUUGCACAACAGCAAGUGGUGUGGUGGCGUGAGCAUCCUCAGGACACCCAGUCACUUCUUGAGCAUACCUUGCGCUGCAAUUCCGCGUUUCAGCUUGAUUCUACCGUGACAGCUGACUCUUGGGACACGUGGAGGUGCCAUCUCGCAGUUUUGCGUCACGUGCGACCAAGCGAGCUGGGCGCUGUGUCAUCUGCAAGGCACUUGGACCUCUUGCUCUCCAGCGGUUUCCGCAAUCAGUCUCCACCAGAAUACGCGGUCAUUCUGCAACGCUAUGCUGCCGAGCCUGGCCCUAUUACCGAAACAGACGUUGGUGAUCAGCUGGUGGAACGCCUGGUUCAAAUGUUUUCACUGCCAGUACUGCUGCACCAUACCAUUCAUGACAAGUGCUUCACGAUCGAUGCCCCACCUUCAAUGCUUGUACUGCACGCAAAAGUUUUGCAGCAGGGUGCCCAGAGACAAUCUGCUCAGCUGGAGCCAGAUGCUCAGCUUUUGCAGGGGCUCUUAGGUUUGGCUCUGCCUGACCUGCAGGCGCUGAGCCUUCAGCUUUACGCUAGCGCGUUGCGCGUGGAGGCGGCUAUGCAAGGGCCGCCGGAGCAUGAUGCCCUGGGUCUUCUCUUGGCUAACCUGGCGUAUCAACGAUCAUUUUGGAAUCAAAUCAUGGCAGCUCUGCACGCUUCAGACGCCGAAGCUCCGAAAAACCAUCUCGCAGCCGCAAUUCGUAGCGAGCCACGCGUCGCAGCGGUCGUGCACGCAUGGAACGAUACUGUGCGCGCUGUGCACAAUGGCUCGGCCACGCUGGCGUUUGCACGUCAGCUGUGCGAGUCCUGCAGCGACCAGCAACUUCAACAACUGUACCGUUGGGCAGACACGGACUGCGCCGUCCUUGAUCCGACUUUGGACCUGCGCCAAGCCGUCACUGCCUACCAAGAAAAGAUGGAGGUCGUCCGAUCAGCCCUCGACUAUCUGUUGCAGUCUGCGCGCAUAGCCGAGGCCGAGGCAACCGCCCGCCAUGUCGAGGCGCUUCAAGUACAGCUUAGUCAGUUUGAAGCCGACGCCGAGAGCUUACCGCGUGCCGAUUGGUUGCUUCCUGAGGAUCUACGUGCGUUUCUUGCCUAUCGUGCAGCACCUCUUGAUUCGCAAGUACUACAGCACGUGGUUUGUCGCGAGCUACGCGCUCGCUCCUUGAAUGUGAGCAAUGGUCUUCUGAUCAACAACAGCGACGAGGACGAAGACGCCUUUGUUCUUGAAGACCACGGCGACACGGACGAUGAAGAUGCUUUUAGCCUAGGUGACGGAGACGGUGAUGGGGAUGAAGAUGGUGCUCUUAUCAAUGAUGGUCAAGAUGAGGAUGCGAUCGAGGGGGCUGAGGCUGCUGGGGCUUUAUCUAAUGUGGGAGCUUUGAUUCACAGCGUGGUACUGGAGCGUGAAAGGGCCCAGCGCUCUUUGGCUGAUCCACUGGACGUCUCUUAUGCAGGCUUAUUGGAGCCUGUUCAGCAGACACUGGAUGAAGAUCUUCGUGCCAUUUUACAGCCCGAGGCCAAUCUCGUGACAAUUGCAUGGGUGUUUCAAUGCCUGGCGCGCGCACCCAUCGAGCAGCGCCGCAAGGAGACCGAGAUGUGGUUUUCGCGCCUUGAUCUUGGCAGAUACCGAGGGCAGCCAGUCGAACUGGUCCAAUUGCUCUGGAGAGCAGUUGAGAUACAAGACCGUAGUCGCCUCCUGUCGCGCUUGGCAGAACUGCUGCAGCCCUUUGGGAUUCGCGCUUCAGGCCAAUUGCUAGACAUUAGUGCCAACGUCCUCGAGCUGUUGUCAAAUCUCGACACCGAAUUGCAAGUUUUGAGCGACUGCUUCGCCCUGCUCGACGCACAAACGAAUCGCUUGUCGGUCAACAUCUGGGCGGUGGUCCGUGAGCUUGCUCAUGGCGGCGAGCUUUUUGACCUGCUCCGGAUCUCCCUCGAUGAGGAUGUGCGUGGUCUCAUCAUGGGCGCCGAGAGCGUUUCCGCAGACCAGUAUGCCGCCUCUGAGGCAGCCGUCAAUGACUUUGUCACGCUGCAUCACAUUAUUGCUCCCACUCUGCGCAGCCAAGGCACCAAUGUCCAAGGCUGGCUAGCCCAUCUAGUGCAACAGUUCGAUCAGCUCAAUGACCGCCAACAGCAGCAGGCUGGAGUACCGGGUGGCAGAGAUCUAGCAGUACUGGUUCAUUCAUGCUGCACUAGCGCGCGAUCCCUUCGCAACCUCUGGGAAAACGUGACGGAUCGAUCAGGAUCAGCCAAGCUCCGCAUCCAGCAUUUGAUGCAAAACCAGCCCAAACUCUCUGUGCGCUGGAAUUCGACCACACACUCACAUGCCAUCACAGUCGAGACAGUCAGCGACAACGCGCCUGCUGGUGAUGCCCAGCAACUGAAUUGGGAUCGCUUGCAGGAUCUCCGUGCGCGGUCACAACUGUACGGCUCGGCCGAAGCAGAUCUAGCCCGAGCCAUGACCGAGUUUCGUGCCGCAUGCGCGGAAGCUGAUCGUCUGAAAGCUAUAGCCAAGGAAUAUGCGACGUGCGGCUACAUGGGUGCCUAUCUUGACGAGGCUUUUACGACUGAUUUUCAGCAAGAACCGCUCAAAGCCUUAAGCACCGAGCUAGAGUGCGAAUUGGAAGGAUGGACCGCAAUCAUUGAUCAGAGAUGCACUGAAUCACCCGAGCUGGCUCGUUUCCCCGGACCACAAUUGGUUUACGUAUAUGACUGUUUUCAAAGCGUCCGUGAGACCAACUCGUUGGACAACUUGUGGCCCCUCGUGGCCUACCUGAGUUAUGAUGUGUUGCCAAACGAAGAUGAUGUGCUCCGCAUUGCCCAGAAUUGGGCUCAGUCCUCACCAAACAAGAACACCCAACGCUCUGGCCUACUGCUUGAUAAUUUGUGCGAAGCUCUACGCGCCCUGCUGCAACUCACCGAGGCCACCCUGGGUCCGAAUCCGGAACCACAGCGUUAUCAGCCGCCGGGUGCGCUCGAAUUGCCAACCCAUGAUGGGACGCGACCACAGGUACUGGCUUGCCAGAAUGACCUUAGUUGCUUAUGUGCCCUUCAUCUGCCCUUUGCCCUUGCGGGAGCGCGACCGUCGAGCGCACAUGUCUUGAUCUGUGACUCCUCCACCACGGCCUUACAAAUCCACCGCUUUUUACAGCUGGGCUGGGGAACGGCAGCUGCAGGCGAUAGCACCCCAUUUGUUGUUUAUCGCCCAGACUACCUGCACGAUGAGGUUCAGACGGCACUGGUGAAAUUGCAGACUCAACGUCGGGGCUAUUUUUAUAUCAUUGCAUUGCGUGGUCCAGGCGGCCAGGCAGUUGACCACGUGAGCAUGUCUAUUCCAGCCGUGCAACACCAGCUGCCGGAUGGCAGCCGAGAAAAUCUUGCUGCCUUGGUGCGCGCAUGCUUUCCUGCACGCUGCGUCAGUUCGACUGUAGUGAUGUCGCAAGCGCCGCGCCAAGGCAAGAGUCGGUGGAUUGAGCAGCAGGUCCCUGAGGAACAGAGUUUUGCGCUGCUAUCCAUCCAAGACGAUCCUGACCUUCUGGCUGUGCAAGCCGCGUUGGAACAAAUUGUCACACGUCAUCCUUGCCACCCUGACCAGCCACCCUUGGUCGUGCACGUUGAUAUCGGCCCUCUGGUGGCUGAGCGUGCCGUGGCCGUGCAGAAGUUGCUGUUGCACCUCCUCUUGCUCCAAGCCACACCAAGCUGGUGCAAGCUGGUAUCCCUGAGACCAGGGACCCGCUUUUACAUUGAGCUGGCCAACACAGUUGGCAACCACCUCGAGCAGUGCAUGCCUCUCUUGCGUGCCUUGCAGUGGGAGUUGAUUGAAAGUACGGUCAACGACCUGCGCGUUCCAAGCGAUCCGAAUACGCCCGUGCAAAUUGUGUGUCGCUACCUGUAUCAACUGGAUGCUAACAAUGUAGAGGCACCUCUGACCGAUGAACACACCAGUGAAGCGCUGGAAGAGGAAGUCUGUCGCCAACUUCUUCAACGACACUUUCUUGAACAUCAGCCCGCGGCAGGCUACGCAGAACUGGACGUCUUCAUCAGCAUCCUCCAUCAGCAACUUGUUCGCUUUGACAAAUCUAUUUUUCUAAAACCCGACGUGCUACGUGACAUGUCCGUGCCUCGCGGCUUUCGCACACGGCUUUUGCGACACCUCCUGGAGACGGUGCGCACAUUUGCUGCUCGCUCCACCCUCGCAGCACGUGAGCGCCAGCAACAUCACGAGGGCAAUCUCGUUGAUGCCAUGCUUGCGUCAUUCUCAGAGUUUGUGCGGUGGGACGAUGCGACGCACAUCCUCGUUCUCAUGCAGGUUGACGGCUGCAUUUCAAUCUUGUACAAGGAUCCCUCGGAUUUAGAUGCUGAAAUUCGGCAACUUUUACAAAGCCAGCUCGAACCGCCAAAAUCCCUGGCCAGUUCGUCUCCGGAACAAAUGAUUGAAAGAUUGCGUGCCCUGACCUCCCAUAACGAUGCACAUCGUCCUCCUGUUGGCAACUACUCCUUGACAGCCGACAAUAUGCUCAAGAUGGCGAUGAUUGUCCUGCGUGCCGAUGCGCUUCAGCCCAUCAUCUUGAUGGGACAGGCUGGCAUUGGUAAAACAAGCCUUUUGCAAGAACUUUGCCGCAUAGCCGGGCACAUUUUCCGUCAGCUACCCCAUCAUGCUGGAACCACACGCCAGGACAUUGUUGCGUUUACACAUCAAGUCAUCGAAACAGCACGCGGGGUACCCGAUCAACAGGUAUGGGCGUUCUACGACGAGGUCAAUACCUGCGAGUACCUCGGUCUCUUGACUGAUAUUCUCGUGCGCCGCAAGUUGUACACGGAUCCGCUGCCUGAGAAUUUGAUCGUCAUGGGGGCAUGUAACCCGUAUGAGCGUCGCGCACCACCAGUGCGUCGUGCAGGGCUGGCCGUGGAGAACAAGCGACAGGGCCGAGUCGUUCAGACCUUUGACGAGCGUUCGCAGUUGCGCUACCGCGUGCACCCGCUACCCGAAGCCAUGCUGACCUAUGUCUGGGAUUUUGGUGCCUUGGCUGAGGCAGAUGAGGCCAAUUACAUCGAACGGAUGCUUAUGCAACACGUGCAACUGCGCGCCCCCGGCCAACUUGCCUCCUUGGCCCAUGGCCUGUCUCGCCUUCAUACAUUUUUGCGCCAGGAUGGCCGCAGCGAAGAAUUUGUCGUCAGCUUGCGAGAUGUUCGUCGGUUUUUGGUGUUUUACAAGUUUUUCCAAGACUAUAUCGCACGCCGCGAUAGCCUGGACCCUCCCUCUUCUCAUGCUGAUAGUUACUGGUAUCACUUUUCACGCAACGUCAGUGCAUCAAAUCGCCUGCACGCAUUGCAUGGUCAGAGAGAGGCCCUCAGCGUGGUGCUGUCCAUUCAGCUUGCGUACAUUGUGCGCAUGCCCGUCACUGAAGAACGUCAGAUGGCCCGCGAAACGUUUCUUCGCUGCGUUCAAGGAUCUCUGCUCCCCAGCAACUUUGACAUCAAGUCCUGGCGUCAAGUUGUCAAUGCCGAGGAACGCAACCUUUAUGGCCGCAUGGAUACAUCAGCGUAUCCCAACUUGGCCAUGAAUCGGGCACUGCUCCAAAACGUGUUCUCGCUAACAGUGUGCGUCCUCACUCGCACGCCGAUCAUCCUGAUUGGGGCGCCUGGCAACUCGAAAACCGUGGCAACCACCAUUGUGAACUGUAGCCUUCGUAACCUCGACUCGCGAGAUCCUCUGCUUCAAACCUAUGCGGGCGUUCAGCUUUUUCCCUACCAAGGAUCGGAGGACUCGACCUCCGAGGGCAUUGAGAAGGUGUUUCGCCAAGCUCGCGAUUAUGCGGCCAAGCCACGGUAUCAGCAAACCUUUCCCGUUGUUCUGAUGGACGAGAUUGGUCUGGCCGAGCAUUCACGCUUCAACCCGCUCAAGAUUUUGCAUAAACUGCUAGAGCCGUCCGCUGAGCAACUCGAGCCACUGGCCGUGAUCGGCGUCUCCAACUGGGGCUUGGACACGGCCAAGAUGAAUAGGGCCGUGGUUCUUCAGCGCCCGCCUCCCACCCUGAAGGAACUUGAGAACACAGCUCAAACCAUUUUGGCCACGUUUUUAGAGGAGCAAGAUUGCAAAGAGAUUCAAGACUUGGUCACGAAGGUUGUGCACGCCUACAACGAACUUGUCUUACAACCCAGCAAUGACAGUUUUUAUGGCCUCCGCGACUUUUAUGCGCUGUGCAAAGCGAUUGGCAAGGGUGCCAAGCUUUUGAGAGAGGCGCGACAACCACUGCAAAAAGGCUUGGGUCGCAUUGUGAUCUCUGCAGCUGCCCGCAACUUUGGUGGACGUAGCACUGAUUUGACUAGCGUCUGUGAGUUGUUUUGGACCCACAUUGCUCCUCGGACGCGAGGUUCAAGAGCACUCUUGGUUCCGACGGCUCUUGAGUUGCUCGAAAAUAAUCUGAAAGAUUAUCAAGCACGUCACAUGUUGCUGGGCACGGAUGGGUAUGCGGCGAUGGUGGCCCUUGAUCAAUUGCUGCCACCCGUCGAACAAGUGCCCCGAUUGGAGCUGGUUGGCAGCGCGUUUCCCGAUGAUCGCCUCCAACAGGAGUAUGUCUAUGGCAAGCUGAACCAGAUUAUCCACUUUAUGGAGGCUGGAGGGGUCCUGAUCCUGCGCCACCUUGAGUUUUUGUAUGGCGCUUUGUACGACUGUCUGAAUCAAGCGUACGUGACCAUUCAGGGGAAGAGAAACUGCCGCAUUGCUUUUGGUCAGCAUUCAAAUCCGCUGUGCCCGGUCCACGCCGAGUUCAAGUGCGUUGUUAUCAUGGAUCAAAACAAAGUGCAGACGUACGAUCCCCCUUUUUUAAACCGCUUUGAGAAGCAGCUGAUUGACUUUCCUGGGCUUUUGGCCACCGGUCAGCACCGUCAAUGGUGGGAUCACAUUCAAGCAGACAUGAAAAUGCUGGCCAGGGCUGCAGGCCUGUCGGAAUCGGAUGCCUUCGUAGCGGUCAACAACACAUUGCUUGCUCACGCGGUGUUGCCUGCGCUGUCCAUGCCUGGUGAUCAUGGUCAAGGUUGUGCCCAAGUCCCGUACGGCCUCGUUCAACACUGUGUGGCGCGUGCUUUGAGUGGCAUUCUCUCGGUAGAGGCGUACCUUGGCCUCAAUGCUUCGCCGGAGGCUUCAACUAUGCCUCUGGCGCGCCUUAUUCUGCAGGAAGUACUGCAACGGCCCGUCGAGUCCCUGCAAAGCUGGCUUCCGCAUGCUGGACCUAUCAGUGUGCUACUGACGUAUGAUUCACCCUUUGCGCAAUUGCCACUUACCGCGCGCCAUGUGGUACAUGACAUACGGACGUUUCAGAGCGAGCGGGAGUUGCAGACCCGUCUGGAUGACUUUGUGCGUGGUGACAGCGAGCUGUGCUGUCUGCGGCUUCACGUGGCACAGUUGAGUACUUUGGAUAUCAUCGUGCAAUUGGCCCAGCAACGGCGCCAGCAACUCAACACGGCUGAAAAACAGCUUGUGCUCAUUGUGUUUGUACCUCGAUCAAAUUCCGCGAGUGCUGCUUCUUGCCACCUGCCGGCCAAUGUGCCGAUGCAGUUUGUUGACGCGCUUGACAUGCCAAAGCUGAAUCGCGUGACACUAAGGCAAAUUCGGUUUGAGGAGCUUGUGCACACCUUUGUUCCAGACGUGCAAUCCUGGCUUCAGCAGCCUGCGGGCAUGUGGCACUGCUUGGCGCGCACAGCCAAUGGCCCAGUGGCAACCAUUCAAGAGCUUACCACCCGCUUGCUCCUGGCAUUGCGCGAGCGUGAUGAUGUGAGACAACUAUGGUUGUUUGUCACUAAGAUCGGUGCCACGUAUCUUGCCUCCAUGGGGCCAGAAGAUUGGGUGCAACUCGUAGCGCGGGACGUGGAUUGUCGGCAAGAAGGCCUGCCAUUUUGCAAAACAGUGGAGGAAGCCUGUGUUCGCGCCUUGCAAGCGGCAAGCGCUCGCAUCGUGCACGAAAUGCUUGCGCAGGGCACUUUGCAAGCCUUGAUCGAGCCGGCCGAUUGCUAUGAGCAAAUAGAUCCGUCUGGACGCUACGAUAUUCGCAUGCGGCAUCGUGCGCUCAACUUGGCUGUAGAGCGCGACGCUCGAGUCGCUUGUGAGCGCAUGCAAGGCAUCCCACGCCCUCUCGGCCUCCACGAGCUGCCACCUGUGCGACUUCUUCCUGGUCUAAGCAGUAUGCAGGCUUGGCUGCCUGGUGUAGCGAUGGCGUGCAGUGCCCUCUCGCAUGAGGUGGACAAUUUGAGUGAUAGUGCCAUGGAUACGUCGAGUGAUGAGGGAUCGGCAGCGGGGCCGGCUUCUCAGGCCUUGGCAUACCUUGAUGACCUCAUUUCGUUUGAGGAGAACCCUGACAUCAUGGUUGCCUUGCUUCUGGAUGCGGCGCGGCUGCUGGGAUGGGCCCAAAAGGACGUCGAGCUGCGCAUCUGUGCAAUUUUUGCACGUUCGCUGCCACAGCAGUUUCAGUAUUCGCCCUCGGUGGCAUUACGACGCUGGAUGCAGAUGGAAAGGGAUGUGCGAAGCUUGUUAGUCUUAGUGCAGGCGCUUCGAUCUGUGAUUGGUGAGGUUGAAGCACACCAAUUCCUCAUGACCGGAAUUUAUGGGGACGAUAUUGUUCCUCAAGUGACCACGACUUUACGCCAUGCCUGGCGAGAGCGAAUCCUUGGCGCAAGAGAUCGCCGCACGAUCGAGGAGCUGUCUGAGGCCCUACGUGUCGUACCAUUUAAUCUCAGCCCAAGCACGCCAAUUGGAGAGAUGCCUUGGCAGUUGCUCCUUGAAGAAUCUCGUGACGUUGCUCGCCUCCGCCUCAUGUAUGCCAUGCUAGGUCACAUGCUUGAAGGAGGGCUGCCCGUCAAGGACAUACAAACGACGGUGCGCAUUGCAGAUGACUCUGCGAUGGCUCCAGGCGAUGACCUGUUUGCGCAUUUGCGGGUGCUUUUUGAUCAGUGCUUGCGUGACGGCCGCGUUCGUGAGCUGCGUGCAGUGGCCGAAGCCAUGGCUGUCUUUAGUGACUUUGUGCUGCAGGCGAGCUUGUUCACACCCUCCGCUGAUGAAUCAGUUCUGGAGAUUGUGGUGCGCCAUGUGGCAGAGUGUUUGGAUGCUCUUCCAGAACAAGUGAGCUGUGACAUUUGCAUGGACUCGGUGCCCGACAUGCGUCUGCCUUGCGGACACCAAAUGUGUGAAGAGUGCGUCGAUGAAUGGUUCAAUCAAUCAGGACACAACAAUUGCCCCUUUUGUCGACGGACCACAACCCAUGACCAACUGCAUCGUGUAGAGACACAGGCGGAGGCGACUCACGAGCAUCUGGUGAACGCCCAAGAUCCUGUCUGGCCUGCCAUUGCGCGCAUUUUGCAGCGUGUCGUGGACUUUUGCCACGCCAAUGGCGACGAUCUGGCCACUCAAUGUGUGGGGAUCAUUGAAUCACCAGGCACCUUGCACAGCAGCCUACUCUGUAACGCAACACGAGGUCUUCGGGACCGCUCUUUGGGUCAUCCUGCCGCAAUUUUGCUGAUUGAGGCCGUUCAGACGCACUUGAACGGUCUGGAUGGUCUGUAUGCAUUUGCUGAGCGGGCUUUACACGUCGUUUCUACGGACAGGCACAUUCCGACCGUCAACGCGCGCAACAUGAUCUGCGUUGCGGUGCUUCGUGCUCUCAUUCAUCAAGCUGUAGAUGCCACUUUGCUGGCAAACUGGGAUCUGGAUCGGCUUUCAGACUCUGCGCGAUGGAUCUGGGACUGCUUUGCAAACGCACCGCAAGUGGCUCAAGUUUUGAUAUUCAAGCACCUUCGCUUAAAAGCCGAGUUUGGUCUCUUGCGUGAGCAUGCAGACCGAUGGCGUGAAACGCUCCCGUGGAUCGCCCAGCUACCCUGGCCUGAGCAGCAAGGUGCACAAGACGAUCAGUGCAAUGUCUUUGGCCCCUUGUCAUCUGAUGUGGCACGCGCUGCUUGGGCUGAGCAACAGUUUGCAGCUUCAGGGGCUGUCGGGACAGCCAAUAGGAGCAAUGCCACUGCCAAUCAGCCAACUAGCGGCGCUGAUGCACCGCCUUCCUUGCGUGAGUCGGCCAUGCAAGCCGAAGUUGCUCGCGAGCUCACAACACGCCAGAACGACGUUACAGCUGGAGCUUUUCGCAGUCUACUUGAUGCACCCCCUGCACAGCUGGGCCCGAUGCCUCGGCAGUUUGCUGCAGCGGCCAACGUUGACUGGACGACGCGACUGCAGCGUGCUUGGACAACAACAAUGCCUCCGAAUACCCAAACAGACGUGCCCGGCUCAGGGCAUGCUGGCCGAUACCUCCAUCGGUUGCUUUUGCACUUUAGCAUUGUAUUCCCAGAGACUAUGGCACAGGAUAAUUAUCUGGCCGCCAUGAUCUAUGGGGCCGAAGUGUGCAACCGCAGCUUCUUGCCAGGCCAGGCCGACGACGAUGUCAGUGCCAUUUUGGGCUCUGUGGCCGCUGUGACACGUGUGUACAACUGCCCGUGUGGGUUUGUUUAUGCCGUGGGUAAUUGUGGCCAGCUCAACCAGGUGUCCACUUGUCCCAAUUGCCGUUCGCAAAUUGGCGGGCAAUCCAACAACACACCUCGACAGACAACCAACACUACACCUGGCUACCACCCUCCAGUUCUCCAAGCUGCAAAUCAAACACCAGCCCCAAUUCGUUCUGUACAACCUGCCACGCUUAUUAUUUUGGACAUCUUGUGCAGCGUGAGCCUUUUGUUGGCCACAGAAGUGAACGCAGCCGUUGUGGCUGAGAUAAUUGAGCUCCGUACAGAUGCUGGCGGCCUGCUCUGUACCCGAUUUAGCGUCCGCAUGCGUCAGCUGACGACACUGUGGGGGUUGACGCUGGAAGAGACGAGCCAUGUCCUGCAUCGACUGGUGCAGGACCUGCCCCGUGAUUUGCAAGGUCAUGGAAUUCCAACCACUACGGCUGCGCGAGAUGCCUUGGAGACCCACCUGCAGACGAGUUGGACCCAGCAGCUAGCAGACCCUCGGACGGCACACCAAGCAUGGGUCGACGUGUGCACCGCAGCUGAUGCGUCACGGCAAGAGGUGUCGCAUUUUGCGUUGUGGCUACAGGAACGACACGAACCUGAUUCUGAGCUGGAGGAAGCGUUCCGCUUGGCCCCUGCAGUCACUUGGCCUGCUCUUGAAGGCCGCCUUCGAUCCGAUGCUCGCGUUGCAUCAGCCUUGCCCUUGCUACCGGCCGUUGUGCAGGUUCAGCCCAUGCUCUUCAACGCGGCACAGCUCUGGCCGUUGUGGAGUGCGUGUGUGCAGAUGAUGCAUGCCGCUGACAGUCAACUUCUACAAACCGAUCAAGUCCAAGCCAUGCGCUUGACGGAUGUGAUCAACAGAGGCCUUGUGGAGAACUCGGCAAUUGAAGGCUUCAUCACAGCUUGGAACACGCUUCGGUCCUCGGCUCCGCAUGACCUGCUCGGGGCCGACGAAGAUAGCCCUCACGGCCGCUUUGAGUGUCGCGAACUGAUGCCAUUGCCCGCGCUUUCAUUGAGCUCACCUGCAACAAGACUCCUCCCCACAGAGGAUGCUGAUGGGGAUCAACUGCGCGCCCUUCUGGCGGCCCUGAUUGCCCAGCACAACAACUGCUUGCAGCAACUCUUAUCGGCUGCGGGCCAGCGGCACCAUGUCUUGUUGGCGCAAGAACCACGGCGCGCUUUUGCACCUCAGGUACCCCUCUCCGACUGUGAUGCCAGCUGCCUAAUUUCGCUUGAUAAUGCCGCUACUUUGGAUGGCAUUUGGCUUCCGUAUGCCAUGCGCGCCCCGGGCUUUGGAAAUGGGCUGACACUGAUUGCCGAUUGGCGGGCACUGGAUGCAAUCUUUUACCACAAAUUUGUUCGCAAUAAAUUUUUGAUUGAAUUCGAAGCUGCACCGUUGUUCAAAUACAACCAGCCCGGUGUGGCUUUCCUUCGUGCCUUGGGCGUUUUCGCGGUUUCUCACAACCAAGUGCCUUUGGCUGAAGAUGCAGAGCAGCCAUUGAUGAUGUCGGAGUUGCGGCAAGCUCUAACGCCGGCACAGCACCUCCUGGAGUACCUGGUCAGCCAUAGCGGCGACUUGACCGGUCUGAGUGCGGAUGCAACCUUGGCGAGGGCCUUAGAGCGUCUGGGAGAUCAAGGCGCCAUGCAAACGGCCCGUGCGAGCUGCAUUAUGCCUCGGCUUUUGCGCGACGUUGAGGGCUUGGUGAACGUCUUGUGCCGCCUGGAGCUGGAAGUUCGACCUGGUCGUUUGCGUCUCAGAAACUUUCCUGAUGCUCUGGAGCCUGAUCUGGCCCGACGCGUUCAAACAGCACGCUCGCGCCACACAUCAGAAUUGUGGUUGCGCCUCCCUGAUGCACUGCGUCGCGUCAUUGUGUACGUUUGGCCCAUGUACGACCUUGGGGAACAAGCUUUCCAAGCCGAGCUUGGUCUUUUUCUUGAUGAGGAGGCAAUGUUUUUCCCUCGUUUGCAAGGAGUGGACCCCUCAGACAUCUUACCAGCGGAGCUGCAGCUGAAGCACGCGUAUGCAUUGCUACGUUGGCUUCAAUCACGGGAUGUUCGCUCUUGUUAG